CCCGCCCCUCCCACCGUCAACAACUGGAUUCCAGCUAUUUGUAUUUUCGUCAACUAGCCUGCUAACGAUGAUUCAUUGCGAUCGUAAAGAAACGACUUAACCAUCUUUAAAUGGAUAUUUAUUCGUGUUUGUUCGUUUAAAACACACUCCAUCGAUAGCUUGUGCCGAUGUGCAGCAAAUGCAAGCCAAAGGAUCUCGGAGAGCGGAGAGUUCGCACUGCAUACCGUCCUUUAGCCGCCUCUGAAAACCAGCUAACACAGCUAACACCUUACGUUAGCUGGCUGGCUGACAGCUGGUCCGGUUAGCUACGUGCCGUAGACAGCAGCGUAGCAAAGAUUUACUCCCUGGAACAAUGUGUUGUCUCUGACAUUGAGAGGACUGAGGCCCAGUUGGUUGUCACAUUGGAGUAACCAGAACCCUUAACCAGCAAGGUGGGUCUCUACUGCGGUGACAUCGAGGUAAAGUGGGAGAUCCGUGAUCCAACCUGCUGAUGCACCCCUAGUUUUGACCUGCAAGAGCUGCCAAUAUGAUGCCGAUGAUACUGACGGUGUACCUCAGCGACGGGGAGCAGGCUUUGACUGAGGUGCCCAUCACCCCUGAGACGACGUGCCGAGACGUUGUCGAGUUCUGCAAAGAGCCGGGUGAGAGUGGCUGCCACCUGGCCGAGGUGUGGAGAGGCAACGAGCGAGCAAUCCCCUUCGAACACAUGAUGUACGAACAUCUGCAGAAAUGGGGGCCUCGGAAACAAGAAGUUAAGUUCUUCCUCCGGCAUGAAGACUCGCCAACUGAGAGCAGCGAUCAGGGGAGUCAGCAGUCUCAGGAUCAGACGAGUCGCAGAAGUGGGAACACUGGAGAGAAGCACAAUGAGAACGGGGUGGGGAAUCAGCGUGUGGAGCUCACACUGUCAGAGCUGCAGGAGAUGGCGACCCGGCAGCAGCAGCAGAUUGAGGCACAGCAACAGAUGCUCGUUGCAAAGGAGCAACGUCUGCGUUACCUGAAGCAGCAGGAGCGGCGUCAGCAGCAAACCGUCUCAGAGAGCGAGAAGCUGCAGAGGCUGAAGGACCGCGUGGAGAGCCAGGAGGCAAAGCUCAAGAAGAUUCGGGCAAUGAGAGGACAGGUGGACUACAGCAAGGUCAUCAAUGGAAACCUGUCGGCAGAGAUCGAGCAAGUUAGCAGCCUGUUCCAAGAGAAGCAGUCUGAGUUACAGAGUGCAGUGCUGAGGGUGGAGCAGCUCAGCCUGCAGCUGGAGGACCUGCGGAGGGGGAAGCUCAACGGCAUACAGUCCACCCUGGGUGGCCAAGUAACGGGUGCUGCAGCCCUGGAGCUCCGCAAACUCUAUCAGGAGCUUCAGAUCCGGAACAAGUUAAACCAGGAUCAGAACAGCAAGCUUCAGCAACAGAAAGAGCUUCUAAAUAAACGCAACAUGGAAGUAACACUGAUGGACAAGCGCAUCAGUGAGCUCCGGGAACGCCUCUACAAGAAAAAAGCUGAGGCACGUCAAAAAGAGAACCUUCCUCUGAACAGAGCCAACGGGCCUCCGUCUCCCCAGCCUGCUCCUGGCACUCUGGGCCGCGUCGCUGCAGUCGGGCCAUACAUCCAAGUCCCAGUAGGGGGCCGACAGGAGGGAGGGUACACCCUGCCACCUGAUCCACUUAAGCCUCAGACUCUGGGAGUUAAUAACCAAGCCAACCAUGGCCGCACCAAAUCAGACGGUGUGCGAAAGCCCUCCGGCCCUUGGAAGGUGUCUGAUUUAGACAUCGUUGUGGACCCGGUACCCCCAUCCCUUCCAGAAUCGCACCCGGGCACUGGAGCCUCCACUGGCUCUGACGGCACGUCCCCUGAUACUGGCUGGCCGACUGCAGGAAAGACGAGCACAUCUUUAAAGCCUCCUGAGAGACGAGACUCAGGGACUGAUACCCAGGGCAAGAGCCCUCCCUCAGGCUCCCCCAUUGCUCUAAGUGCAGAAAAGGUGCUAGACCCGAAAAUGGUCGUGUCCUCUCCUGCCAUUUCCAAACCACAGCCGCCCCCCUACGGCUCCCACCUCAUCACUGCAAACUCGGCCAGCUCCUUGGAGCGCCGUAAGGAUGCACCACCUCUUCCACGUCCACUCCCGCCAGCUCCUGCUUGGCCUCGCAUCCCCCCCUCAACGGGCUCGUCUUCUCAGCAGAUCCAGCAGCGAAUCUCGGUGCCGCCCAGCCCCACCUUCCAGCCUAACGCACCUCUUUUCCCCCCCGGACUGAGCGAGCGGCUGGAUCCCCCGCCAGCUGUGGCAGUACGUCCCUUCAUCCCAGACAGAGGAUCACGGCCUCAGUCGCCCCGAAAGGGCCCGCCGACCAUGAACUCCAGCUCCAUCUAUCACAUGUAUCUCCAGCAGGCGGCGCCAAAGAGCCAGCCACUCAAGCCUGCUCUGAAAGCCGUAUAUGGGAAGCCAGUUCUCCCGCCCAGCUCCACACCCCCCUCGCCUCUGCCUUUCGCCCAGGCAGGAGGCGCCUUCCCCCUGCUCCAAGGCCAUCCCAGCGGUGAGGACACUUUGGACGGAGAGUUUGACGAUCAUGACUUCUUCCAGCACCCAGAACCCUUAGCUCCUCCUCCCAGCGUGGAGAACAUCCCGCGACCGCUCAGCCCUACCAAGCUAACGCCCAUGGUACACUCCCCACUGCGCUACCAAAGUGACGCUGACCUCGAGGUGCUCCGCAAAAAGCUAGCCAACGCUCCCAGACCGCUCAAGAAGCGCAGCUCCAUCACAGAGCCAGAGGGCCCCAGCGGACCCAACAUCCAGAAACUUCUGUACCAGAGAUUUAAUACGCUCGCAGGAGGCAUAGAAGGAAACGGAGUCAGUGGGUCAGCAGGUGGUAACGGUGCAGGUAAUGGAACGCCUUUUUAUCAACCGAGUCAUCCUCCUGGUUAUGUGGGCGGAGACUCUGUGGCUGACACAGACAACGGCAACCUCCCCUCUGAGAUGCAACUACCGCCGCCGCCAGGGGAAGAGGAGCUGGGCUCUGAUGAUCAGACUCCUUCAAUCGAUGCAAAUGACAACGAGCCGCCGCCCUCGCCACACGAAGGGCUGGGGGAUGCGGACGAAGAAGAGGCACCAGAGGACGACAACAACAACAACAUGGGGAGCUCUGAAGCGUUGCUGCCCAGCCCUGUGCUGGAGGUCACGACUCCAGAAGAGAGCGGCAUGGCGGGCUCACAGCACCUGGAGAAACGCACAAACCUAAAGAAACCAAACUCUGAGCGCACCGGCCACGGCUUCAGGGUGAAAUUCAACCCUCUGGCCCUUCUACUUGAUGCCUCUUUAGAGGGAGAGUUUGACCUCGUCCAGAGGAUCAUCUAUGAGGUGGAGAAUCCCAGCACCCCUAAUGACGAGGGUAUUACACCCCUGCACAACGCAGUGUGUGCAGGACAUCACCAUAUAGUCAAGUUCCUGCUGGACUUUGGUGUGAACGUCAACGCUGCAGACAGUGACGGAUGGACUCCGCUUCACUGUGCCGCCUCCUGCAACAGUGUUCACCUCUGCAAGUUGUUGGUCGAGUCAGGGGCCGCCAUCUUUGCCAGCACCAUCAGCGAUGUGGAGACUGCUGCAGAUAAGUGCGAGGAAAUGGAAGAGGGCUACAUCCAGUGUUCCCAGUUUCUAUAUGGUGUUCAGGAAAAGCUGGGUGUAAUGAACAAGGGCACCGUGUACGCUCUGUGGGAUUAUAAAGCUCAGAAUUCAGAUGAGUUGCCCUUCAGCGAGGGGGACGCCAUCACUAUUCUGAGACGACAGGACGACAGUGAAACGGAGUGGUGGUGGGCGCAACUCGAGGACAACGAGGGCUACGUGCCCCGCAACCUGCUGGGGCUGUAUCCGAGGAUCAAGCCUCGCCAGCGCUCCCUGGCAUAGUGUGUCACUCUGCUGGCCUCUGGCUUUCAGUCGAACUAGCAACAAAAUAAAGAGCAAAGAACAAAAGGAGCCUGGUGCUCGGUCUUCUCCCCAAUGGCCAUAACGUCCCCUCCUCUCCCGUGCCCUGCCCCUGUGCUUCUCACACAAAUCCUUUUCUCUCUGAAGCACUAAACUCUGAUACACAUAUUUACAUCUCCACACACACACACACACACACACACACAAGAAAACACAAGCACUCCAAAUGCGAAAAAAAACCUCUUGAACUAUACUCCAUUUUAACACCCCUCCCCUCCUUCUAACACACCUUUUAACCUCUUUCAGUGUCAUUGUCCUAAGUUUAUUUGACCCUUAUUAAGUGUGAGCUCUGUAUCAGACAUCAACUUGAAGAAUAAAACACUAACCCUUGACUCAGUAUUUCUUGCAGUGUUCACACUUCUUCCUAACGAGUUCUUUGUUGGCACUGGUUUUAAUAUCCCUUUAUGGUGACUGAUGAAAUCAUCUCAGAGGGUGAGAAGCUUCUUUUUCUCACUGAUAUGUUAUUACAGUUAUAGGACAUUACUUGUUUUUUUUUGUAGUACGCCUUUUUUAAUUCACUAAUGCAGGAAGUUGACGCUCUGUGUCUGAUUUUGCUUGUAGUCUUACCACCAAAGAGGAAUAGAGAUUUAACACUCCUAAUUCUAACACUCCCAGCGAGCUUGCACUACCGUGUAGCAUGGAGAGAAAGAUAAUCGAAAGAGCUGCGAUCAAAGAUGAUGAACAACUCCCGGGAACUGACCUUAAAAAAAAAAAAAAAAAAGUCCUUCUAGAUAUUUUCAUGACUUAGGGAGGACUAUUUCAGGUUGGUAGGAAGAUGGGAGACAUUUCCUCAGUAUUAUCUACACAGGCCAGUCAGAACAAAUCCAACAAAGGUCCAACUUUCAAAAGUCCACUACCAUCUUUUUAGUGAGGCCUCGGGCGAUAAAUCCGGUUCAUCAAACUGUUCUGAGAUUAUUUCGAGCACUCUUCAUUAUUCCUGAAAUGAACAGCGCUUAUGCUGCAGUCCAAAAGAUGCCGUCAUGGAAAUGGGUAACAAGCUGUACUUUUGCUUUACCAAAAAAAAAAAAAAAAAAAAAGCGUUGCCAAAUUCAGAUGGGGAUUGUGUUCUACAGAGAACUGCAGAAAGCUGCCAUUGGAAACGGUGAUGUGAGGUCAACAAAAAGAAAGAUCUCAGUUCUCGAUGGUGUGAUCAAUUUGUAUAUUUUCUUAUCGACUAACUCUCCUUUUCAACAUGUAUGAUAUAUUUUAAUUAUUCAAGGCAUUUAUAAUAACCAUACUUCAGAGGUGUAUUAUUUUUACUGAGGUCACUAUUCAAGUUUUUUUUCUUUCGUUUUAAUGAAUCUUGUGAACAAGACCUACAAGCAGUAUCUCUGAAUGAAAUGGUAAACUCAUACACGAGAGUUAAACAUUUGAAUUACUUUUUUUCCCCCCUGAUUGCUCCACAGUAGGUUUCUGGUCAACUUAUGUUGCAGUUUUUUUCCCCCCAGUGGCCGUAAAAUGGAAGCGAACACUGAAAUGCAGAAUCUCAGGACCAACAUGGUGCUGCUACACUCUCGAAACCAGUGAUCAUAUUUCUAUUUCUCCCUCUGUAUCGACAUCGCAUUCAUUUGGGAAUCGAACCAAGCAAAAACACGGCCCGGAACUUUCAAAAUAAAGCCAUCAGCAUGUUUAAAUGAAAGGUUGAAUUCUUGGGUUAGCUAAUCUGAAAUGCAAAUGUUUCAGAUUAGCUUCAGACAAUCUUGAAUAUGUCCCGUUCUUUUCCUUCAGGUAUGCCCCCACACCAGAAACACUGAUACAUGUGUUAUCUGUCACAUUGUUUAACAUUAGAGACCCUUCUCUUAUUCUGAACCUUGAGUGACUGAGUGUAAUGCCAAGUGUGCUUGUGGCCGGGCUUUAUCUUGGCUUCACCUGUACAUAGAGUGAGGAGAUAUGGAUUGUGUCUGUUUGCUGUACGGACAAGUGCGCUUUCUGUAUAAACGCUGUAUUCACACAUUCAAUUCUGUAAAUGUGAACAAUAAAACUGAGGCUCUGGCAUGAUGAA